GCGCCAGACACCAGGUCUGUCCAAUUGCUCUCCGACGCGCGGGGGAAUCCAGCUAGAGUGGCCGCGGUUCCUUUCAUUGACGGGCGCAUUGUCUUCACCGAUGUCGCCCCGCCUGUGCCUCUGCUUCGGCUCUUCAGGGAAAGGCGCGACAAUCAAAUCGGCGGUCUGGAGGUGCUCAGCAUCGCGCUGGGCCUGGCCACCUUUGAGCCGCUCAUGUCGGGCCGAUGCGUGAACAUCUUUUCGGAUAAUUCAGGCAGCGAGUGGGCCGUCCGGUCCGGUGCGGCGAAGCAGUUUGACCACAAUUGCCUGGUCCACUCAUUCUGGCGCAUGGCGCUGGAUGCGAAUUGCAAUCUGCACGUUCAGCGUGUGGCGUCGGUGGACAACAUCGCCGACCUGCCGUCGCGCGAGUCAUAUUCCCUGCUGUAUCGCUUGGGGGCGGAGUGGAUUCCUCCGGUGCUGGACGAUGUCGGGCAGGGGUUGGCGUCCUCCCUCGCGCACGUCGCGGUCGCGCUUCGCCUGUGGGCGCGCGAGGGCAUCGCUGGUUUGUCGGCGCACCUGGAGAAUGUCAUCGGUGUUCGCGCGAUGGCGCUGGCUGGAUUGCUCGCUCAGCUUCGCGCGGUUUGCCCUGAGGCACGCCCUCUUCCUGUGUUCGCCGCUGCCGAGCUGCUUGCCGAUAACGGCGCCGACGCCGUGAGCGAUUUGGUUGGCGUCACCCUGGCAGACUUCAGGGGCGCCGCGGCUUUAUCUUGCGACGCCCGCGAGGUGGUCCGCGCGGCUAUCGCGGCAGCCCAGCGCGGCGGCGCGCCAGCCGCGCUGGGCAGGGGCAGCGCGGGCGCUUCUCCUGCGCCCGCCCC